UAUAGGCAAGUAGCAAUAAAAAUAUUUCCCCUUUUCAUUCAUUUUAAAGCAUUUCUUUUUCAUUUCAUCAUUUUGUGAAGUUUUUUUCAAAUAAUUUAACUAUAAAGCUUAGUUUAUAAAUACUAAGAAUGUUAAAUUACAGUCAUCUUAAUUAGCAAUUUCUGCCCAAAGCAAAAUGAGCUAUAGUCAUAUCUACUGCAAUAUAUUGUGUAUUUCUUCAAUGUAAGAAAAACAAUUUUAUUUAGCCCAUUCUGUAGUCUUACAUGGUCUUUGUCACUGAUUUUUUAGCACUUUAAAUUUUUUGCCUUUUUUUCUCCUAAAAAUAUUUUUGUGAGUUCAGGAGCUUAUUUUUUUAUUCCCAGGUGGAAAUUGUUUGAUUAUCCUCAGGUGUUUGCUUGCUUGCUUAAAAGUUCAGAACAGUUCACUGCAAAGUUGCUAUUGUCCUUUACAAAAGGAUCUGAUUCCAAAUAAUUACUGUUUGUGUGUUGUGCAUCAUUUGACAAUAUUUCUCCUUUUCCCUUGUUAGGAUUAGAGAAGUCUCAUAUAUUGUCCGACAAAUCCCCCUUUCAUUAUUCAGUCAGCUGUACCUGAAUAUAGGUUGCCUCUUUCUCUUCACCUGAUCUAAAAAACCCACCUGAAUGCUGAAUCUUUCUCACAGGAAUGACAAGAAGUUAGCACAUGUAUCCAGAUCAACCCAGAAAGCUUUCCCCAGAAUUCAGCCCAGCUCCAAGCAACCAUUCUGCAAAGAAUAAAAGGAAGCAAUCCUCAAAGUGCUUCUUCCCAGAUGUUGUCAUAGGAAGACCCUGAACUCACCCUUUCUACAGACAGCAAUUGUCCCUGAAGAACUGAGGGCUGACUGAAUGUUCUGUACAACAAAUGAGGAGAUCAAAUAGAAACAGGUAGGAUUGAUGGAGACACAGUACAUGAGACCCCCUCCCUCAAUGCACCAGACUGAAGUAGGAAACACUCACUGAAGGACCUGGAAGCUAACUUGCCUGCCCUGGGGCUCAUGAAAACUGUAAAUCUAGGGCCAAGCGUAGCUUACUCCCAGAAUUCCCUGAGGCUCACACCCCUUCCAGCUUCAUCUCCAGAACCCAAGCCCCCCAUGCAGCUUAUCUUUGGGACUUCCCACAGACCACACCCACUUCAACUACAGGUUCAACUGGCCCUUCGAGGUGGUUACAGUGUAGCUUGCCCCAGAGUAACCCUUGGCCCUUGUCCACUUCCAGGUCUGGUCCUCCAUACAGCUUGUCCCCAGAACUCUCUGCAGCCUGAGCCUCCUCCAACUCCAGUUCCAGCCAGCCUGUCAAGGUGACACCACAGUGACAUUGACCCUGAGAUACACCAUGGCCUGAGCCAGCUCCAAAUAAAGCCCUAGUGACCCACCCAAGUGGCUUCUAUAAGGUCUGCUCCUGGGCUACUGUAUGUCUUGCACAUAUUCAGCUUUAACUCUGGAACCUGGUGCAGAUUCCUCUUGGGACUUCCCACAGACACAUCUACUUCAACUCCAUCUUCAAACAACCUGCCAAGGGGGCCCUGGUGCUGCCUGUUCCCAGGACUCCCUUUGUCUUAUGGCCUCUCCAGCUCAAGGUCUAGCUGGCCACCAAAGACACCUAUCUCCAAAAGGAGCAGGAGAAUCUGGAAAAAGUACUAUUGUUAAACAAAUGAAGAUCAUCCAUAAGAACGGUUACAGUGAGCAAGAAUGCAUGGAGUUCAAAGCAGUAGUUUACAGUAAUACAUUACAAUCCAUCCUAUCUAUUGUGAAAGCCAUGGCUACCCUUGGGAUUGAUUAUGUCAAUCCUAGAAGUGCAGAAGACCAACGACAACUCUGUGCGACAGCACACACCCUGGAAGAUGGUGGAAUGACGCCUGAGCUGGCUGAGGUGAUAAAACGACUAUGGAGGGAUCCGGGAAUCCAGGCCUGCUUUGAGAGGUCAUCUGAAUAUCAGCUCAAUGACUCAGCAGCUUACUACCUUAAUGAUUUGGACAGAAUAACGGCUCCUGGAUAUGUCCCAAAUGAGCAGGAUGUUCUACAUUCUCGAGUAAAAACAACUGGAAUCAUUGAAACUCAAUUCUCCUUUAAAGAUCUUCAUUUCAGAAUGUUUGAUGUAGGUGGACAGAGAUCUGAGAGAAAGAAAUGGAUUCACUGCUUUGAAGGAGUCACAUGCAUUAUAUUCUGUGCUGCACUCAGUGCCUAUGACAUGGUCCUGGUGGAAGACGAAGAAGUGAACAGAAUGCAUGAAAGUCUUCACUUGUUCAACAGUAUCUGUAAUCACAAGUACUUUGCAACCACCUCCAUUGUCCUGUUUCUCAAUAAAAAAGAUCUCUUUCAAGAAAAAGUGACCAAAGUACAUCUUAGUGUCUGCUUUCCAGAGUACACUGGGCCAAAUACAUUUGAAGAUGCAGGGAACUACAUCAAGAACCAGUUUCUAGACCUGAAUUUAAGAAAAGAAGAUAAGGAAAUUUAUUCCCACAUGACCUGUGCUACAGACACUCAAAAUGUCAAGUUUGUGUUUGAUGCAGUUACAGAUAUAAUAAUCAAAGAGAACCUGAAAGACUGUGGACUUUUCUAAUCAAUCUUUUUUUCUUCCAUCUGGCUCAUGUAUGUUUUUCAAGAUAUAAAAGGAAUGGUGCUGGUGCUGUGUGAUAUGUUUAGUUUUAAUAGAUAAUCUAGAAAUAUAAGUAGCGUUAUAAAGCAUAGAGGUUUCACACAAAGUUUUAAUGUAUUGUCACCUGUAUCUGGAUCAGUUUAAAUUUCUCUAGGACACUGAGGAGGGGUUGUCUUUGAUAUCCUCAGCUCUAAAAACUCAUACGUUUUUGUAGUUCUAUAUCAGUACGUACCACUGAUACCAAAUUUGCUUGGAAAUUAAUUUCUGCAUUGUGACUUAUUUUUAAUCACUGACCAAUAAAAAACACAAGGCAAUCCA